AAUGGAGGUAUAUACGUCGGACAGCAGCGAUACGGAUUCUCGUGAACAAAAGACUUUGGACUACAGCCGCAUGAAUCUGCAGGAAAUAAGCCUUGAAGACGAUCUUUAUUCCGAAACCAAGCAACGUCUUAAAUCCCAAAAGGACAUAGAAAUUCUUCUGCUUAACCAUAAUCGGCUAAGAUAUUUGCCGGCUACUAUAAAAACCUUUAUAAAUUUGCGAACAUUGGAUUUAAGCCAGAAUUGUUUAACGGAAUUGCCUGAAGCCAUCGCCCAGCUGCCGUUUUUGGUGACAUUAGUGGCAAAGAACAACCAACUGACAAAUCAUUCCUUGCCAAAAACCUUCAACACAUUCAAAAACCAACCGAGUCCAUUGAAGGAGCUGAAUUUGAGCGGAAAUUUUCUCACUCACUUCCCAGAACAAGUUAUCGAGUUGAAGCAACUGAAGUACCUAUACAUUGGUGGCAAUCAAAUAACAACCAUAAGCAAGGAUAUAUGGAAAAUGCAAAGCCUUCAAGUUCUCUCGAUGGGUGGAAACCUCAUUACAGAAGUUCCCGAAUCGGUCGGUCUGCUAAGCCAACUUCAGGCUUUAGUUCUCUGUGAUAACCUUAUUGAGAAUCUGCCCACAAGCAUUGCCCGUCUAAAAAUGCUCAAAUCACUGUUGCUACACAAGAACCGAUUGAAACAUUUACCCAGGGAUAUUGUAGCUUUAAAAAACUUGGCAGAACUAAGCUUGCGUGACAAUCCAUUGGUAGUUCGUUUUGUCCAAGAUAUGGCUUUAAAUCCUCCCACAUUGAUGGAAUUGGCAGCACGAAUUGUUAAAACGACUGGUAUAGAAAUACAACCGGGAGAUGUACCUCAAACUACUUUAGAAUAUUUAAAGUCUGCAAAUUGUUGUGUGAAUCCCAAUUGUAAGGGUGUAUUCUUUGAUAAUCGUGUGGAACAUAUAAAAUUUGUGGAUUUCUGUGGCAAAUAUCGUGUUCCGUUGCUGCAAUAUCUAUGCUCUUCAAAAUGUAUAGAACACGAGGAAGAACCAAGACGACAGUCCAGCAGUAAUGCAAGUGGAUACAUGUUGCGAAAAGUCUUACUGGGUUAA